UCUUCCCUGGAGGAUGGUAUAGUCUGCAGUCAAAUCGCCAUUUUGUUUUACGAGCAGAGGGGAGCGAAAAAGUUUUUAUCUGGCCUCAAAAUCACCCUAAAAUCUCACCAUGCUGCGGCCGGCAAUUCUCCGGUUAGGACAGGCAGGCAUGCUGGCAGCUCGGGGACCGUUAAGAUCACAAGUCAGGCAUGCAAAUAUAGAGUUCCCGUACAGAGGGUUGAUCACUGCCAGUAAGGGACUACACAGAAGGGCUGACGCUCUGAUGGGGUUCUUCUGGUUCUGGAUCCUGUGGCACACAUGGCACACUCCUGAGGACAUCUUGGGUCACUUCCCCUGGCCCAAAACAGAGGAAUGGACAGACGAGGAACUGGGAAUCCCUCCACUGGACGAAGAUGACUGACAACUUACAUCAAGACAAACAUAAUGAUAUACCAACAGUUACAUUCUAUCUGCUGUGUUCAGAUUUGCCGUGUUGGUCACUAACAGAUGGUCCAUGAGUCAACCAAUUUACAACAAUAUACACGUCACACUACUAGAGUGAAGAAACAAAGUGUAGGGAUUCUAAGGAAGUUGAAUAUCUGUCAAAUGUACAGAAAAUAUUCUAUGGAACAGAAGGUUCUUGAGAAAAUCAAUAAAACAAU